GUGUUUUUUUCUAGACCCUGCUGUCCACGCCGGUUUCUUCCAUGUCAUCUGUGGUCCUCACUCUGCAAAUGGUACUUGCGUUUUUUGGAACGCUUCUUUGGCUGGUAUGGUACAGGGAUCGCCAAACAUCCGCUGAUAACAAUCCAGUUGUGUCUCAUACUUGUCAGCGUCUGUUCUGUGGGCUUUGUUUGGUUCAAUUCAGAAAAUAGAACCGUAAAACUGUUUAUCCCUCAAAACAGCAAGGCAAUAGACGACUUGGAGACUGCCGAGAGAUACUUCCGAGUCGACUUUCGAGAGGAAAUCAUCCUACUGGUGGCCUCUCCCAGUAAUCCUAAUCCUCUUUCCCCGAUGUGUUUGAAACAGGCCUUCAGAGCUCACGAUGCAGUCAUGGAGCUGAAAUCGUUUUCAGACCUCUGUGUCACGUUGUCGGGAAACAAAUCCAGGUCAACAAACGGAUGUGCGAUGAUUAAUCCACUAGAAUUUUUGCAGUUCAAUGAAAGCAACUUGAACGGAAAGGACUUACAUGAUGUCCAACGGGAACUGAGCAAAUCCUACAACGACACAAGUUUACUCAUGCGUAAUGGACGCCCAUUCUGGUUGAAUUUCAACCGAAUGUUUGGCAAGGCCACUCGAAAACAUGGAAGCAUAACCGACGCCAAAGCUUUGCAAAUGAUUUAUCUCCUUCGUGAUCCGAGGGACGAUGAUGAGAGUGACAAGAUUCUCAAAUGGGAGAAGGCUUUCAUUGACAAACUAGGCUCGCUAGUGGACAAACUUUCGUGCUUCGAUGUCCAUUAUUCAAGUGAAAGGAGCCUGGAUGAUGCUAUAAGUGCAAGUACCGGGUCUGAUGUUAAACUGGUGUCAAUCACAUUCACCUGCAUGAUCUCUUUUGCUUGCUUCAUGCUGGGCAAGUACCUUAAUCCGUUGACUGGUCAUGCUUUACUUGCUAAUGGAGGGGUCUUCGCAGUUGCCCUUGGGAUUUUGUCUGGGCUCGGCCUUGGUAUGUGGCUCCGUGUACCUUUUGUUAGUUUGGUGGGGGUGCUACCUUUCUUGGUUCUUGGAAUCGGCAUCGAUGACAUGUUCAUCAUGGUCGACGAACUUGAUCGGCAGCCACGUGACCUGUCGACGACCGGAAAGAUCAAAGCGGUUAUGAAGCAUUCUGGUGCAACAGUUACUAUGACAACUAUGACUGAUUUGGUUGCGUUUGCGGUCAGCACGUCUACCUCAUUUCCCGCCAUUAGGUAAGAUACUUCAGUUGAUAGCCAGUGCUUCUCCAUCUUGGGAAGAUGAAGACAAUAACAUCAGGUUUUAAGCAAUGGCGUAAUUGUUUAAAGGAUCCGGAUUUAUCAAGUGACCUCUUUUGAUUUCUUUUAAAACCUCAACUGCAAACUAUUGUAGUGAGAUGUCGAGCUGUGACAGGAGCCAUUGAAUUGAUUUUCUGAUAAAAAUGGUUACAGUUUCUUGGGACAUCUUUUUUCCCCUUGUAUGACUGAGCUGUAAGCACAAAUGGUGGCGUGAAAUGUCACUUAAUUGGCUUCCAAGUUCUAAAAUUUCGUCAAAUGUUGUAGAGUAUUUCAGUGAAAUCGUCUAUAUUAAAACUUAGUUACUUUCUUUUCUCAGGUAUUUCUGUGUUUAUGCUGCCUUGACAGUGACUUUCUCCUUCCUGAUGGUUGUCACAUUCUUUGUGGCCCUUAUGACAUACGACGUUAGACGAAUUAAAUCUGGCCGCCGAGAUUUCCUCCCAUUCUGCCUGGCACCACGGCCAAAAGAGGGUAAACCAGCAUGGGAUGAGCCUCUCCCCCAAACUUCAAAUAAAGUUAUGAAAUACUGGGGCACGUUAUUGACCCUUCCAGUUACAAAAGUUCUGGUUAUACUCUUCUCUCUGUCACUGCUUGGUGCUGGGAUAUAUGGAGUCACUCAGGUGGAUGAGUCAUUUGAUAGACGUGUAUUGGCCAGAGAUGAUUCCUACUUGAGGCAGUUUUUGACAGCUCAAGGAAAGUACUUUGAGCUGUCCAUUGGAGUGAGUAUCGUGCAGACUGGUGAGGUUGAUUACCAAUUGAAGUCCACGCAGAGCGACAUUAAAGAAUUAACGAACAUAUUCAAGGAAAAUGAAUAUUACAAGAACCAAUCACUAUCCUGGAUGGAUGCAUUUGCCCAGUAUGCUAAGAAGUCGAAGAGAAACAUUACUGGCCCAGGUUUUCUACGAGAAUUGAAAACAUUCCUUCGUAUUCCCGAGUUCUCGUAUUUCACACAGGACGUGAAGUUAUCCGAGGAUGAGACCAAAAUAGAAGCUUCUCGCGUAGUAGGCUAUAUGAAGGAUUCGGGUAGCUCCACCUUCCAGAAAAACGCUAUGCUCACACUCCGUGAAGACAUAUCAAAGAAGUCCAAACUGAAUGCCUUUCCAAUCACUCGAUCCUUUAUAUUCUUUGAACAAUACGCAAUUACGUCACACGAGACCCUGAGAAACCUGAUAAUCGCAGGCUUAACGGUGGUAAUUGUCACAAGCCCCUUUUUGAUGGAUUUUACUGUGACGUUCGUGGUGGUGCUUAACUUCGCAGCGCUGGUUUGCGAGUUAUUUGGUUUGAUGGUAAUCUGGGAUGUGUCUCUGAACUCUGUUUCCAUGAUUAACCUGGUAAUGGCCAUCGGAUUUGCAGUUGACUACAGUGCCCACAUUGCCCAUGCUUACAUUACGUCAAGCAAAGUCACAGCCGAUGAGCGAGUUGUGGAUGCUCUGAGCACGUUGGGUGCAAGUGUUUUCAUGGGAGGUACGUCAGAAGCUGAAUUAAUUGUUGUAAAAUACGGCUGAGAGAAGUAAGCAUUUACAAACAUAUUGACAUUCUUGUGUUUCUGGAGUGUAUAACAAGUUUAAAAGUCUGUGGCCCUGUUUCAGUGAGAGGUAUAAGAAGAAAAUUUGGAUCUAUUGAGUUGAUAAUGGAAAUUGGCCACCAUAAAUAAAUUAUGGAGCUGAUGUUUUGAGCCAAUCUUCUCCAGCGGAGGGCUAACGCUCAAAACAUCAGCUCUAUAAUCUCUUUACAGUGUCUAAUGGUCUUUAUCAACUCAGUUGAUAAAAUCAAAAUUUCUCGCAUGUACCGCGGUUGAUUAAAAAAUCCAUCCCUAGUUUUAUUCAAGGAACCACUUUAAGUGAGAUUAAUUUCUGCAUUUAGUAACUUCCAUCACUUAAGGUUUUAGUGUUAUGCACGUCGCAGCAUCCGCUGAUCUUUUCUUCUUGAUAUGUUUUAGGAGUCAGUACGUUCCUUGGUAUGGUUGUACUUGCAUUUGCUGCAUCCGAGAUAUUCCGAAUUUUCUUCAGAAUGUUCUUUGGCAUCGUCAUGCUCGGGCUUCUUCAUGGCUUGUGCAUCAUGCCUGUUUAUCUGUCUUUGCUGUGCUGGAGACCCGCUCUUAUAAGACGUCCCUCAGUAAUGGACACAAGUGAAAAACUUGGAAGCACAGACACGACAGAUAAUAUUACCAACACCAAUGGUUUCUUGGAAGCGGUGAAAUCUUCCGGGGAUACAUCAUUUCAGCCACCACAAAACUCAAACUCAAAAAAAGAAGCCGACAUCUCACUCAAUGAAAAACCAGCCAACCAGCAGAUACAGACAAAUGAAGCUGAGAAAGGAAUUCAAAACAUGGGGAUCGAUGAGGAUGACGACGACGACGCUGAGACGGUGGAGGUAGAAGGCGACGUUAAA